CUAAUUCUCCCGGGAGACCGGCCAAGACCGGUGGGCGACCUGUACUGUCAAACCCAUUCACCUGAGAAUCCCUCAGCUGAGUCUUGCUGUGGGAGAAUGGUAUCCAGGUCCCGCAAACCGCCGCCUAGGCGCGUGCUGCGAAAGGAAGUGCUCCUCUAAUGACCAAUCAGCGGCGGGAAGCCGUUCUAACGUCCCUUCUUCUUUCACUUUUCCUUCCCCACAGUUGCCUUUCGGCUUCUCUCGUCCCACAGCUGUGUGUUCGCUGUGCGGCCCCUCCAGGACACCGUCCCCCGUGCGCCUGUCUGGGAGUCCGGCGGCUACCUUCCUUCGCGACAUGGCCGGCUCAGAGGCUGAGUGGAUAACCAUUGCCAAUAACCUUCUUUCUAAAUGUCACAUACACCUGAGGAUACAUGAACUUGAAGAUUGUGAUGCUAAUGUUUUUAUUGCUCUUUAUCAAUCAAUCUUGGGAGAAAAAGUACCAGACAUCAUAGCUAUUCCCAAGAAUCAAGAGGAUGAUGCACAUAAUGUACAAGCAGUAAUUGAUUCACUGGCCUUGGAUUACCUGCAGGUCAGCUUGUCUCACAUAACAGGAGAAAAUAUAGUGAAAGGAGAUAAAGAGUCUAUUAGGAAUCUCCUAGAAAUAUUUGAUGGAUUGUUGGAGUAUCUCACAGAACAUACCAGUGAAACAUCUCAUGAAAAAAGUGACAUUGAACAGGGUUUUAAAGAAUCACAUCAAGAAGUACAUUUGGAGGGGCCAGAAAGUACCAAAGAAUCCAAAUCAUUAUGGAAAAGAGUUUCCUUUGGAAGGUGCUCCCCGUUGUCAUCUGAGGAGUUGGGUCCCUCUUGGGAUGGAGAUGAAGCAGAAUCCACUGGUGAAAUAAUUAGACUUGGGGACACAGCACACACCUUUUCUCUAAGAAGUAAUGGUGCCCAAAGUUCUAAUGAAAUGCAGUCUAAAAAAGCCUCAACCUCUCCAACUUAUAAAUCACAUGAAGAAGUGUUGAACCCUCUCUCAUCUAGUUUUUUGUCUAGAAGUAAGACAACCUUUGGUGAAGACAUGGAAAUUCCUUGUGCAAGUAUGAUUCCAAGUGCCAGGAAGCUAGGGGAGCCUAUCCAAUCAGCUAUUCCUUUGCAUCCACCCUACCACCCUUCACAAACUCGAGCACCCUGCCCCAUAGGGAAAGAAUACUGGCAUUCAAGUCACUGUUCCCCUGCCAUGAAUUCUCCUGGAGAGCACACAGCAUUUUCUGUGGAACCAGAUGAUAGAAUUCUCUUAACUUCCAAGCUGCCUAAAGAUAGUGAACAGGAAAUUUGCCCAGCUCAGGUCCAAGGCCCAAGGAUAAGGAGGCUUUCCAAAGAAAAACGAUCUGGAAACAGAUCAGCAGAAUCAUCCUGGGAUUCAUCUUUUCCCCAGAGGCUAAGAAAGAGGUUAACGGAACAAGAAUUACAUGCAGUAUCAGAGAAACUCUCUCAACGGCUCUCUGAACUAGAUUGGAUGUUAAAAAGUGCCUUGGGUGAUCGAAUUAAAGAAAAGACUUACUUUGAAAAAGAGGGUGCUGGAAAUGAAGAGGUGGAAUGUGGAAAUGAUGAGGCACUGUCUCAGCAUAGUGACAGCAUCAUGGAAUGUGGACCAAAGAAGCUAAGAACAGGACUUUCCAUACAUAGAAAGCCACCCUACAGAUCACAUUCGCUCUCUCCGUCUCCAGUCAACAAACACAAACAGUUACAUAUGGAGAGAACAAGGCAGCAAAAGCCAAAAGAAACAGAUAUCCGCCGAUUCCGAGCAAAGGCAAUAACUGAAGCAUUUGAAAGGGAACUAAGAAGAAAUAAAGUUCAAGAGAACAUUGGACCUCUAGUGAAAAAUGAUGAUGAGGAGGAAAUAGAAAAACUAUACAGAGAAGCUGUUUAUAAAGGAACUCCAAAACCUGGUCAGCCCAGGAAGAUUUACUCUAGAAAAACCACAACUCCAAGUCCAAGAGGCAGCUUCCCAAAGCCAAAUAAAGCUGUUCCAAUGAAAUUAAAGGAAUACAGUCUCCUGCCCCUGAUGCUGGAGGAGUUUCCAUUUCUCUAUGUUUCUGGCCAAACACUAAGCAAAAUGUGGAAACAGCAAAUUGCACAAGUUGAACAGCUCAAAAAGGAUGCAUUUGGAGAAAAUCGAUCAAAGAAGAAACUCCAGGAUGAAAUAGAAGAAGCCUUGAGAAGGCAUGACCUCCUGACUGGACUUGUCAAAAAAGAAUAUGAACAUAACAAGAGACUGCAAGAAUUUAAGGAUCGCAUUAACAGGCAGAGGUUGACCCAAUCAAAGAUAAAAGAAAAUCGGCAGCAAACUGUUCGUGCCCGAAAAUAUUACGAUGAUUAUAGAGUUCAGCUGCGUGCAAAAAUGAUGAGAAUGAGGACCCGGAGGGAAGAAAUGAUAUUUAAGAAACUAUUUGAAGAAGGUAUACAAAUUCAGAAGCAAAGAUUACGGGACCUAAGAAAUUAUGCUAAGGAAAAGAGAGAUGAACAAAAGAGACAGCACCAGAAUGAACUGGACUCAAUGGAGAACUACUACAAAGACAAGUUUUCAUUGCUGGCAGAAGCCAUAGCACAGGAACAUCAAGAGCUCAAAGCCAGAGAGAAAUCCCAUGCCCAGACUUUACAUAAGGUGAAGAGGGAGCUGAGAUCUAAGAUGGAGAAGGAAAUUCAGCAACUACAGAACAUGAUAACACAGAAUGAUGAUGAUGCUUUCUUCCGGGAAUUGGAAGCUGCACGCUUCAAAGCUCGGCUUCAUCUGGCUUCAUUUCAGUUGAGUAAAAAUUCCUUCCUAUGAAGCCGGAUUUCAUAAAGUGAAGUUUUGGAGCUAGAAUUGAGCCAAUAAACAGUCUAAAUCAGAAGAAUAAUUUUUAAAUUCUUUAUCUAUGUAUUCAUUCCAGUACUUUACGAAAUGAUUUUUAAAUAAAAAUUGUUUUCUUGAA